CUCCGGGCCAGACACAGCUGGGCUGGUUUCUCCCAAGUCCCGCAGACUUCGGCGAGGGUGCUGAAGCAGUGGCAUAUGAAUUUUCUGAGCUCUGCUGAAGAGUUGGCGAAAGUUUCUCCAUGCUUUUGAAGCAACAAACCUAGCGUCCCCUCGAUGCACGGGGCGGAGCUGGAGCCGGUGUGGUUUUAACGGCACUGGAAUGAAGCAACCAUUGCAUCAAUCCUACAUCGCUACUGUACCCUUUACUCUGGAUGCCACCCCGUGUGUGAAAAGUUGGUCACUUUGGAUUGGCACAAGUUCCUGCAGCACAGUACAAUUAUCUCUAAUGAAUGGACUGGUGGACUAUAAAUAACUACAGUUUUUUUAAUCUCAUUGUUCAUCGAACAAAAAUGGACUGAAGGCCUCUUAACAAAUGUAAUGAAAGUUGAUGGAAGUAACUGAAGCUUUAAAUCUUGAAGACCACACCAGUGAGCAGGAGGUCAUGCCUUCCAGUGGACAUGCUAGAUCCACGUUACUCCCUGUUGUCAAUGAGAGCGCCAAGUCUAAUAAUGUGCCAAAUGGCAUCAGGAAAAGCCAAAAGAAUGCAAAAGAUUUUAUCCAGAUCUCUGUACCAGACACAAACCGUAAAUUCCCAACGGAGUGGUGGAAGACGGGUGUUGCCUUUACUUAUGCACUUUUCAACUUGAUUAUGACAAGUGUUAUGAUCACUGUUGUACAUGAGAGAGUCCCUCCUAAGGAAAAGAACCCUCCCCUACCUGAUACUUUCUUUGACUACGUGAACCGGGUUGAGUGGGCUUUCAAGAUUUCUGAAGUCAAUGGGAUGAUCCUGGUUGGUCUUUGGACAACUCAGUGGCUACUCCUUCGAUACCGGUCAAUUGUGGGACGUAGGUUCUUCUUCAUAAUGGGAACCCUGUACCUUUACAGGUGUAUCACAAUGUACAUCACAACUCUACCUGUGCCUGGAAUGCAUUUCCACUGUGCACCAAAACUCUAUGGGGACUCUCAGGCCAAACUACAACGCAUCUUAAAGCUGAUAUCUGGUGGAGGGCUUUCCAUUACUGGGUCACACAUCAUGUGUGGAGACUUUCUGUACAGUGGUCACACUGUUAUGCUGACCAUCACUUAUUUGUUCAUAAAAGAAUAUUCACCACGUCGGUCGUGGUGGUACUCGUGGUAUCUGUGGAUCUGCUGGCUUCUCAGUGCAGUUGGAAUUAUGUGCAUCCUAAUAGCCCAUGAACAUUACAGUGUGGAUGUUUUAGUGGCCUAUUACAUUACAACAAGGCUGUUCUGGUGGUACCAUACAAUGGCCAAUAUUCCGACCUUGAAAACCCCAUCACAGUCCAAUCAAUUUUCCCAUGUCUGGUGGUUCCAGGUUUUCCUCUUCCUUGAGAAGAAUGUGCACACUUCAGUUCCUUGCUCCUAUGUGUGGCCUCUCUCGUGGCCUCCAGGCUGCCUGAGGUUGCCGUGUUGGAGAUAUUCGAGGGUUCAGAAAUUGUGAAGAGCUCAUAUGGACUGAGUAUUGUUUCAACCCUGCACGCAUCAGAAGAAAAUAAAGAUUAUCUUUGUAGUUUACACUCAGUUCCAUCUAAUUAAUUAAAUAUUUUUCCCUACAAUCUGAAUAUAAGCUUAAGAUAUCUAAGGUAAGUGGGGAACUGAUGUUUUGCUAGUCCUUUUGGCCUGUCUAAUAUACAUUUAGCUUCAGCCUUAAUGUCCACAAGGCUGGAAUUUAAGUAAUUACUUGAAUCAUUCCUGAUGUGUUACUCACAUAUAUAUGAAUCAGAAGGUAGGAUCUAGAACUACGUCUUGUCUGUGACCUAGGAAACAAAGAGAUGCACUCAGAUUUACUGCAAAUGUAGUCCUACCAUAGUAGAUCAUGGUACUUGAAAGAAGGUAGGAGUACUAGCUAUCCUACUGAUUAUAUUUUAACAAAUCUAUGCAACAGAUUAUUUUGCACAUUGUUUGAGACAAAACUGUGAACUUUGAAACACCAGCAUACCUGUUCCAUCUCUACAAAAAUUAGGAUUCCAUCAUAGCUGAUUUGUAGCUUCAAUGCUUGUAGCACAUGCCAAAAAAUUUGACCAAAAAUAACAAUGAGGUGACUCCUUCUGGGAGAUCUUUCUCAUUUCAUUCUGAAAAUGUAACACCUUGCAGCAAGGAAAAUGAAGUCUGUGGGCUCCUCCCUGCAGAAGGAUUUGCAUGUAAAUUGCACCACAGAAGUUUUCAGUUCAGAGGAAGGAAACAUAAUUGACUUUACUACCAUUGAGUGAGGAAAAGGUGAUGUCAGCUAGCAGGCUCCUGAUGCUAUUUGAGGACUGAUUCUAGAAGUGUACACUGGCAAAUACUGAACAGGCUUGUGAUAUGUUUGCCAGUCCAUUUGCUUUCAAAUGCUACUAGUCAGAUUUAUAGAUGAAGUAAGCAUUGGGCUGUGCUGCUUCAGGCCUACCUGUUGACUGCUAUCUUAAUAUGGAAUCAAUGCUUUCAUUUGGGAGAUGAAACAGAGGGAAAUGUUGGGUGUGAAGGAGAGUUCUUAGUCCAAUGGAAGUUAAUUCAAUCUGCAGUGAUUUUUUAAGUCAAUCACCAUGCUGCUGAAGGGGAAGUUCAGAAGUAAUCCUUAAGUUAAUAUUCAACAUUUAAAUCCUGAUAGUAGUUGUAUUUUUUAUUUUUGGAGUUUAUUAUCUAGUGACCAGGAUAUUUUGGGAAAUAUUUUGAUGUUUGUCUUGAAUAUUUGUAGUUCUUCUUUUAUGAGCUAAGUUCCAUUCACUAAACUUUUGAUUUGCUACAACUUGUUUUAACCCAAAACACCUCGCAGAGCCAAAGUAAAAUGUGUGUAUAUUAUUUACAUUUUUAGCAACAGGGAACAAACACUUUGGAUCCAUUACAAAAAAUCAGUAUUGUAAAUAUAUUUAAUCUGCAUAGAAUCAUUUUACUGAAUCAAUUCAUUAUCAUAUUAUCAAAAUAUUCAUCCGCAUGGCCUUUUUUUAAAGUAUAGUUCAUCCAUGCCAAAUCUUACUGGUGCCAAAUCUGUCAGAUGUGCUUACAAAGGGAAUCCUUGGUUCAGUACCCCUUUUCCAAGAUGUUUGAGGUUGGAAGAUUUUCAGAUUUUGGAAUAUAUAAUGAGGUAGCUUGGGACCACCAUCAUUUCUGUCUCUGAGUUUAUGUGCUAGUGUUAAGCAGUCUUCUUCUUACACUUGUUCAUCAUACACACAGUUGCAGCCAUUCAGUGUGUUAGGUUUUCAUCAGCAAUUACUUUGGCAAACUCAUCAAUGAAUUUUUCUGCUACAUAAUCAGUAGUUGCUUUAUCACCACAAUUCUUUAAAUAUUUAAUGUCUUGCCUUUUCUUAAAUUUCUUCAACCAGCCUACUGAAUAUUCACAAUUACCUUCAUUUUUCAGUUUGCCUUGAUAGAUCUUUACUUGUUUUAUGAUCAGCAUCCAACUAAGCAGCAUAUGCUCACUUUGUAGCUAAUGAAUCCACUCCUUCAAUAUAUAAUUGAGAUCUUAAUUUUUUGCUUUAUGCAGUGUUUUUCUGUUUUUCACUAAUUUCUGUUCUUUGCAUAUGUGAAAUCACUUCUCAGAACUGUCUGUGAUGUGCAGAGACCUGUACAUCACCUCACAACUUUCGCUGUGCUUUGUGGAAUUUGCCAUUUGUGACGUGAUGCCAGCGCUCAAAAAAGUUUGGACUUUGGAAUUUUGGAUAAGGGGUACUCAACCUGUACAAUGUAAAAUAAACCUUGUUGACCUCUGAGUCAGAAGCAACCAUUUUUGUAUGUGAAGGUAGUGGAAGGGUUGGUCCUCAAUGGAGAGGGGGCAAUUGUUUCAUGGGCGUGCCCAAUCACUCAAGUGAAGGACAUGAGGGAACUUCUCCCAAAGUUACAGACACACAGUGGCAUUCAGUUGGGAUGACAAACUCCAGGAACUGAUAAAACAACAUUGUGUUUAUCCUUAUUGCUGCACUUCCCGUGGGAGAAUCUUAUAGUGAUCUUCUCUCAAACGCACACAUCCAUUCUUCUUAGCCCAUCAGUCCUUCUGGGACAUCAGCCACUGAUAGCAGCUUGUCAGAGUCCUCUGCGUUGGACCAGUCUUUCAAACUGCCCUCAGAUGUAGACAAUCUUCGAAGAUCCUUUCUCUCCCAAUGAUGAGAUGUUUAGAGUUUCUGUCAGCGUUUCUGUACCACUGUGUUUUUAUAGGAUGGGGUUGCUAGCCCCAUGCCCAAAGCUCUUCCUUACACUGUCCAUGCCAGAAUUAUGCAUCCAUGGAGAUUUUUUUAAAAAGCUGCUAGAGGAACUCAAUAACUCAGACGGCAUCAGUUAAAUGCUUAAGGUCAAGACCCAUCAGAGUCCUGUGUAGAUGAAGGGUUUUGACUCAAAGCAUCAACUGUCUGUUUCCCUCCACAGAUGUUAUUAAUCCACUGAGUUCAUCCAGCAGCUUGGUAUUGCUUUUUCCAGGUUCCAGCAUCUGCUGUCUCUUGUAUACCUAUUUGCCCCAGUUAAUCUGCUGGAAAUAUGCUUACUGGCACAUCUCAGUUAAUCUUUAUUCAACUGAUUGGAAGUGACCAUUACAAAAUAGUUUGUAGCAUUUCAUCCUGCUGCAGUGAUAAGGAAAGAACUGUAUUGAGUCACUAAAUUACCACACCCACCCACCAGCUUAAACUCUAUGCCAUCAUGAAAAAAGGAAAACUUAACAUUACAGACCUUAGCAUUCCUUUUAAACAAGGAAAAAUUAAAGAGAUACACUUCCUAUUUUAAGGAAUGCAAAUAAUCUGGGUGCCCUUGAGACUUGAUUUGAAACUUCUUAAAGAUUACACUUUCUAUCACUACACCCAAAUGUUGUCCAGACACCUUUGCAAAUCUAAAUUCAAAUUUUAUAAAUAAUUGAAGAAAUCCGCAAAGUUUUACUUGUGGAUACAAUCAUUAGUAUUUUUGUUAUUCAAAUAUGCUGCUUUUGUAUUUGAGUAAUCUUUUAAAAUAAGCUCAUGCCUUGUAUUUUAGCCCUAAUUUGUGUAUAUAUAAAUAGUAAAAAAGAUGUAUUUCUAUGGAUAUGUGACACAUACUGUUGCAAUGAUUGCAUUUAAUUAGAGUUAAAUAUUUGAUUAUUAAAAAUGUAU